UUAUGCCAAUCAUCAUUUUCAGCACGAAAGAGGCUAGAAAGGUAAGGAAACUCUGCGGCGUAAUCCGAGGCGUAACAAGUUAGAGCGCCUCACUCCAAUCCGCCCUCCGAGGUCCGGCCUGCCUGGCCGAUGGCCUUUGCCACCCCUUGCCCCGUAAUGGCCAUUUUGCAUGCGUGCCCAGGGUGCUACCCCCACGAAGACCAGGAAGCCAGGGGGUUGGGUAGCUAUAGCAACUUUGGCAAACAAUGAGGUAUGCGCACCCACUCCCGACCACGCAGGCGACUUGUUUACUUGCCUACCUCCUUGGCUGCAACUGCAAUCGAUGUGUGGCAGAAGUUUCAGUUCCCAUUUGAAUUUCGGAGCUUUGGCAUCGGAGUGUCGGUCCUACGGCUAACUAGAUCAUGUGCUUCCUCUCGAUCCUGGUGGUGGUGGUGGUGGCGUGUGUUACCAUCCUCAAGGACUUCGGGACCUGCUCUCUGGCGGGCGUAAUGCCACCAUCGUCGCCAGCGCCGGCGCCCACGCCCCAUACGUUCCGAUUCCAGAAGCCGCUGCAGUGCCUCAAGAACGAGUUCUACAACCUCAACUACUUUGACUGUGUGCCGUGCAACGAGGCUGGGGACCCAGGAAAACUGCAGCCCGACAAGUUCUCCUGCAAGUGCCCUGCAGGACACAUAUCCAUCUACGAGCGAGGCAAGACCUGGCCGACCUGCGACGAGAUAUGCUCCACAUCGCCGGACCGAGCCGAGAACUGCACGUCGGUGUGGCUGCCCCAACCAAAGCCCGCCUCGUACUGCAGCAUGCAGUACCUCAAUGCGACGUCGGUCUUCGCCAGCCAACUGCCCAUCCAUCCACUGAUCUCCGGCAUCAUCCUCACCAAAACGAAUCCGGCCAGCAACAGCAGCGACUGCCAGAGCUGCGAUCAGACAUACAACUUCCGCUACCAGGACUUCUGCCUGGCCGAUGCCCUGCUGCGCCCCUACCUCCACUACAAUGCCUUCUGGCAGGCCACCACCAGCCCGCGGACGAGCUCGAAUGGAGCGACCCACUUCGGGGACCUCAAGUUCGUGGCCUUCUUCUGCCUGACGCUCAGGAACGACACCGCCUGCCAGCAGCUGGCCAAUCUGUGCGUGCUCUCACACUUCUCCCUCGAGAAGCACUCGCCCUGCAGCGCCUUCCUGCUCACCCAGGUGUCGGAUGUCGUGAUGAAGUACGCCCAUUCCGGGGAGCAGGUGCGCUCCCUGCAGCCGUUCCUCUUCUACAAGAAGGGAAAGGCGACCAAGGACCUGCGCUCGAAGACCCUCCAGCUGGCGGACCGCCAUCAAUUGCAGCUCUUCAGCACCACCUUCGGACUGGACGGAGGACUGAAGCGCUGGGGACCAUUCACCCUGGACAUGGUUAAUCUUUGCCAGCAGCCGGCCCCGUCUCUGCGACUUGCCCAGCCCCAGGCCGAGGCGGAGGUGUCCUGUCAACUCUCUCUGGAGCGGAUAAUAGAUCUGGCCGGCCAGCAGGCCAACGAUAACUACCUCACGCUCUUCCUCAACUUCAGCAGCAACUGGCAGCACCUUCUCCACCAGCUGCCCGUGCUCAUUGAGACCCUGACGCCAGAGAACCAGCGCCCGCAGCAAGAGGAGUGGCAGCUGGUGAAGCGGUUCCAGCUUAUUGCCGGCUUGCUCAGGGACAAUCGCCACCACCAGACAGUGCCGCACUACGAGGAUGGCCACAAGCUGCAGGUGUAUCGCUCGCUGCGCUACGUCGAGGACCUGGAACUACACUACACGCUGGACGGGAGCCACAGGGAUCGGGUGGGGCUGCCCCUGAUCCGACUCCGCUAUCGCCACAUCGAGUUGGCGGGGAAUGCCUCGCUCGCACAGACCUAUCCGUUCCGGAUGAGGGUUACCUACCAGAAAACGGAGCGUGGAUGGAAAUGGCUGAUCCUGGAAGUGGCUCUGCCACUGCUCCUGCUGCUGGCCUUCUCGGCAGCGGCCUUCCGCUUGCAGAACCUGCGGCGCAGACGGCAUGCGGAGCUCUGUCAGGCCAGCAGUCUGUGGGAGUUCCUGCUCCAGCUGGCCAGCAAUGUGGCAUACGCCUUCCUGGCCACAGCUCUUCUGCUGCUGGCCCUGCACGUCUCCACUCCCCACCUGCUGAAGACUCUCAUCUAUUCCGGGUGCGUGCUGCAGCUGAUGUUCCUGACUGUCCACCUGUGGCGAUCCAGCCAACUGGAGCUCUUCCUCAUCGACUGGGAGCGGCCGCGCAGCAGCUGCGAGGGCCAGCGCCUGAAUCUGGACAGCUCCUCGCUCUGCUCCAGUGUGCGCACGUACGUGGCCGAGAGCAGCGUGUCCGCCUGGCGCAUUCUGUUCACGGCCAAUGCCUGGAUCCGCCUCAGUGUGGCCCAAAAGUACUCCACCCUGGGACAGGUUUUCACCCUGGUGGCUGUGUACCAGCUCUUCGAGCGGUACACACAUGGGGACGUGGGUCUGCGCUGCUGCCUGGUCUCGGGCAGCUACAUAGUCUCGUAUCUCCUGCAAGUAAUGGGACACCGCCUGCUCACCGCCAAUCCCCUGCAGAAGUUCAUCGAUCUGUGCAGUCUGGCCAACAUUUCGCUGUUCUCGCUGCUGGAGCCUGGCUUCGGCUACUACAUCCACGGCAGGUCGCCCCAUGGCUUCGCCGAUACGGACAUGUCUUCCAUGAUACUGCAGCUGCAGAAGACGCAGAACAUGUCCGGGCGUCGUGGGCUGCUCAUGGACUCGGACAAGCAGGCCUACAUCAUUCUGCCGCCAAGAAAUUUGCACAUCUACUUGGAGCGCCUGCUGUUGCCCUUCCAGCGCAGUGUCACUGGCAGUCUGUCGCAGACGCUGCUCUACCAGAAGGACAUCAUUCCCAGCAUCGACGGCCAGAUAGAGCGCACUUCCAUAGCCUAUGCGAGCGUGAAUCGCUUCUUCUGCGCCUUCAUCGAUCAUGCCAUUAAGGAUAUGGACUACAUCAUCAAGGAAAAGUCGGUGGUGGAAAAGUUGUUCAACUGCGAGAUCGACAACUACAUUACGGAGAACAAGGGAACCUUCUACAUUGACGACUCGCUCAGCUUCUCUCGCGUCCUGCUGCUGGGCAACCAUGUGAAUAUCUUUGUGCUGGAGAUCCUCCUGCUGCUGUCCGUAUUCCUGAUGACUUCCAGCCUGCUGAUGGCUGGGGCUCUGGCUUGUGGCUUCAAUAUGGUUCUGCGGCACAUCUUCCGCUUGUGGGUGCGCCGUAAUGUCUCGCGCAAGACUCUCAUCGAUGAGCGGUUCCUGUUGUAGCCCCAGUCGGAGGAGCAGCAUCUGCGCGAGGAUGGAUUCUUUGCCAUUUAGAAACACCAGAAACCAGCUAUGAGUUUUGUUUUUCCAUUUGUUUUUGCUUUUAUUUUAUAAUCCACUCGAUAGUAAGUAGUAGUACACAUCCAUAUACAGUGAUUAAACGUUAGUUAUCGGUA